AUGGCUCCACCAAAAAUCACCUUUUAUGUCGAUAUCAUCAGUCCAUUUGGAUACAUAGCUUAUUGGAUGCUUCGAAACUCACCAGUCUUCGCCAACGUCGAAAAGACAUACAUCCCAGUCCUCCUGGGAGGUCUACACAAACAAUGCGGCAACGUCGCCCCCAUCCUAAUCAAGAACAAAGACAAGUGGAUUAAUAAAGAACGUGACCGCUGGGCUCAGCUUUACAGUAUCCCCAUCCGACAGGGGACACCGCCUGGCUUUCCUACGUCGACAGUAUCAUCAGGACGCGCAUUGACAUCUCUCAGCCUGGAAGUCGACCAGGAACAGCUCGCGAAAGCCGCAGAUGUCUUCUGGGCUGCGAUGUGGUGUCCUCAGGCUGAGGUGCUCAAGGGGAUCAAGGAGGGCAGGAACGAGCACGGUGAAUUCGAUACUAAGGAUCCGAAGACGCUGGAGACGCUCUUGAGUGCUGUGUUGGAUGGCGAGAUUGCGAAGAAGGUUAUGGGGAGCAUUGGGGAGAAGCAGGUUAAGGAUUUGUUAGUUGCGAAUACGAAUGGGGCUUUUGAGAAGGGAGCUUUUGGGCUGCCGUGGUUUGAGUGUACGAAUAAGGAAGGAGAGACGGAGGGGUUCUGGGGAUUUGACCAUUUAGGUCAUGUUGUCAGGUUUUUGGAAUUGGAGGAAGAGGGAGAUAAAGGCAGGAGCGGGCAGGUGAUGAGGGCGAUGCUGUAG